GUCGGAACAUGUCGAAAAGAAAAUAAAUUCUCGCCGUCGGCCGUCAAGCUUUAUUGCAAUCGGAGUAAUAACGCUCCAAUGCUAACUCCUUUCCCACACCUUUCGCUGUUUACUUUAGAAAUUUUAGGAUUAGGAAAUUUCUUUUUUCUCUCAGCAGGGACUGGCACAAUUUUUUUUUGAAAGUAAAUUUCACUGACAAUGAAGGUAGAUUAAAAAGAAAAAAAAUUCUAUGUAUGCAUGGGGUAAAAUCCAAGCGCUACCGUACAAUACAGUUAUAGCCUUAUAUGUCUUGAAUCACAAUUACUCUCUGAACUUACCAUCUCUUGAUUUUAAUCUACAAAACCUUAAAAAAUGUCCGGGCACUUCGGCCGAGCAGGACACUCGGUUCUCUAAUAAACAAGCGAAGCUGCUUAAAUCGCAGAAAUUUGCUCUGAUCCAGGAAGUGAAUGGCAAGGAAGUCCAAAUAUCACUGACUGGAUUUAUGGAGAAGAGUACUGGAAAGUUCAUGAAAGAGCUCUGGUCCCUGCUUCUGAGUGCGCAGAAGAAUGUGAGCGGUGUUCCGCAACAAUUCUUGGAUGCCAAAGAAGACGAAACGAGGAAGAAAAAGGGAGAUGCAGAUCGUAUAACCAAUGAAAUCCAGAGGAUGAAAGAUAAGGCAAGUGGAGAUAUUGAUCAAGAGAGACUGAGGAAGAUGCUACCUUCUGGAAUUAUUUGGGUUCAUGUCCUUUACUCGGAACUACUGUAGGAUGGCGAAGUUGAAAGGAAGUCCACUGAUGCUGAGUUGCAGCUAUCAAAGGUUUCUAGUGUGCAUCCUGAUGAUGAGAGAGAUGCUGAUCAAAGGAAUGGUGUGAGAAGAAGAAAGAGUGCUUCUGGAUCUUCUCAUUCAGCUGAUUGUUCUCCGUCAUUCUCUCAAAGAUCAAGAUCUGGAUCACCCAGCAAACUCCUAAUUCUAGAAGUUAUGCGGAGUAUGUUCUUUCACUUCCCAGCUAAUGGUGGAUUUGAAUUCAGACUAUUCAGUUUUUUUUUUUUUUUUGGAAGUAUUGCCUCUUAUGCUAGUAUGCUACUGCUAGUUCUCCUUCU